GCUGAUACUCCGGGUUGUGGUGACGGGCUUCAUUUUCGGACAAAAUCCGUCAGCUGCCACUCGGGGACAGAAGCUGACAUCGGCACCCGGCCAGAGUGGAAGAAAACAGCUGGUUUUCAAGUGGAGUAGCGUUACGAUUUUGCAUCUUGUCCCCGAAGGUCAGAAUUGUGCAGCAAUCAUCCAAAGAUAACUUCUUAGAUUCAAUAUGUUGCUGUUGCUAGUGUCAGUCUUCCUCCUGCAUCUGAUGAUCAUCAUCUUUCUCAUCAUCUCUACAGCUAACAAUGUGUGGUGGACCACAAAUGAUUAUGGCAAGGACAUUUGGAGGAAAUGUUUCUACAACAACGGCACCUGUACCUCUAUAGACUAUCCAGGCUUGGAUGAAUCCUUGCAGGCGAUCCAGGCGUGCAUGGUGCUGGCGGUGAUCUUCAGCUGCUGUGGGCUCUUCGUCUUCAUCUGCCAGCUCUUUACACUGAAGAAAGGAAAUCGAUUCAUCUUCUCCGGUGUCUUCCAGCUGCUCGCCUGUCUGUGUACGGUGAUCGCGACUAGCAUCUACACCAUUUACUUCCACCAUAGUGACAAGGAAGGCUGGUACGGCUCCUCCUGCGUCCUCGCCUGGCUCUGUUUCCCGUUGUCUCUGAUCAGCGGAAUAAUGUACAACAUACUUCGCAAGAGAGAGUAGACCUCCCCCGACAGCCAAUGUACAAGGCUCAGGGAGGGGGCUCUUGAAAAUGGAUCUUGGGGCCUAGUUAAUUUUUUUUAAAGCAAUGUUAAACUGGAUUUCCAUUUUGAAAAGACAAUGCUAUUUUUGUAAAUUCUUUGUCAUUUACUCGUACUCCCUUGUGCUCUUCUGUUCUCAACCUCCCCCCACCACACAAACCCAUGCCUGAUAUCUGUUAGCUGAAAGGUGUGCAGCCUAUCCAAGGGUUUGCCCUGUGUGUAGCACAGAGGCCAUCCUCAAAUGAGAGGAUCUUGCCUUCCUGUUUCUCACACAAACUUGAGGCAGUACAUAUUUUAAAUAAUUACGUAAUAGGGGCUUUUGUUUUUCCCUGCCUUCCCCCCCCCCCCCCAACUUACAAAAAUCUGGGUCUUAUGGUCUUGGGGAGUGAGGAAAUUUGAACAGAUACAAA